AUGUUCAGAUUCGCCGGUGAACUCGACGCCCUGCCUUUUAUCAUGGAUCCCGCAGCCCACAGAGUCCGCCGUGGCCGCCAAACCGUCUUCGACGCCAUUCUAGACGCUGAGCCCGAUCACUCAACGAAGGGACUGGUCGAUGUAGCAUUUUCCCUCGUCAUAGGCGGUACUGAGACUACAGUGACGACCAUUACAUAUGGAGUUUGGUGCAUUCUGAAGAAUCCCAAUGUUGAGAAGAAGAUGCUCGAGGAGCUUCGCACGGUUGAGACGAACAGCGAUGGGCUGGUGGAGUAUCCGAAUCUGAUGAAUCUACCAUAUCUGACCGCGGUGAUUCACAAGACUCUUCGCAUCUCCUCUCCAGCACCAGGCAUCCUCACACGUCUCGUGUCCUCUGGAGGAACAAAAUAUGGCAGCCACUUCCUCCCCGCGGAUACUUCCGUAUCAACAGCCCAACGUCUGAUCCAUUACGACCCAGUCCUGUUUCCUGAACCCGAGACCUUCAUGCCCGAACGAUGGCUUGACAACAGCGAUAAGGCUUCCAAGAAGAACCUGAUCCCUUUCGGCAAGGGCCCACGUAUGUGCGUUGGCCUAAACUUGUCCUACAUGCAAGCCUACGUCUUCCUGGGGAACCUCAUUCGACGAUUCGACCUGAGCUUGCAGGACAAGGACCAGGGCAUACUUCGUUGGAAGGACUGUAUUGCUCUUCAUAUUGAGGAUGAUGUUUUGAUCAAGGUCAAUGGGCUUCGUGCUCUGGGCUGGGAGAUCGAGGGUAUGCAUUCAGAAGUUCAUCACAUGGAACCAGACUGGUCUGAAUUUAUGUUUGGAUCUCCACAAGACAUACCAUCAACCCCUGCAAACUCUAGAGAUUUCAGUCAUGACACAACGUUCGAUUUGGCCGUCAGCAUGAACCAAAUUUUGAACUCGCCCGGAAGCUUCCUGACUUCACCUCCUCUAGAAAGUAUGUUCAAUGACGACCUCCAUCCUCACGAUAGCAUCUCUUUCCCACAGUCGGCUAUAUCAAACAGUGGAACUUGGCCGACGAGGACAGAACAACUCCAUGUCCAUGGUCUCUCAGACGAUAGGAUAUCAUGUCAAUGUUCUAUCACUCCCAUGAAAACAUGGGAGGCCCUCACAAUCAACGUCUCUUCCAAGCACCCCACGUCUCAAAGAUCAAUACAGGCUCAAAAGGCAGCUAUAUCAAGAUGUGAGGAGUUGGUUCACUGUUCAAAGUGCGCUUCUCAACCACGAAAUGUCAUUCUUCUCAUCGAUAUCUGUGCGAAGCUGCUGGAUAGUCUUAGGUUGCAGGACCGAGAUCUUCAAGCCGACCACCAGCUGAGUGAUCAUCGAUCAGCGGUGUAUGAGAUGGUCAAUAACCAGGACGGCGAUGGUGAUGGUCAUGUACGAAGGAACUUAUGGACUUCAAGGAUGAGAAGACUGGGUCGGUUGAUAGCAAAGGUCAGUGAAUUGUUAGAUGGGGAUCAGUGGUCUGCUCAGAGGAGACUUCUACAGAAUGCUCAAUUGAGAUUUACAGGCGUUAUGUUUGGCUGGCAGCAUUAG